UACAGAACCACAAUGUUCUUCCUCACGCUAGCAAUAUCUUUGCUAGUCGGGUCGGUGUACUCCGACCACCACGAUAGAACCAACCAGUUGCCUGACAGGUCCACCAUCGUCCACCUCUUCGAAUGGAAGUGGAAGGACAUCGCUGAUGAAUGCGAGAGGUUCCUAGCGCCCAAAGGAUUUGGAGGGGUUCAGAUUUCCCCACCAUCAGAAAAUCUGAUUAUCCACCUGUCAGAUGGAUCAAGGACAUGGUAUGAACGUUACCAAGUGAUGUCUUACAAACUGAAGACGCGGUCUGGGGACCGAGAAGACUUCUUGAAUAUGACCCGAAGGUGCAACCAAGUGGGAGUCAGGAUUUACGCAGACGUGGUCGUCAAUCACAUGACAGGUGAUCAUCCAACCAACAUAGGCACUGGAGGCAGUACAGCGGACUUCAAAAAGUACAGCUACCCCGCUGUACCAUACACCCAGGAUCAUUUUCACCAUCCGUAUUGCAUUAUCAACAAUUAUCAGAACGCCGAAGAGGUGAGGGGGUGUGACCUUGUCGGUUUAAAGGAUUUGAAUCAUGGAAAUUCGUUUGUUCAGAAAAAAGUCGCAGAUUUCUUGAAUGAUCUUAUUUCUCUCGGGGUUGCUGGGUUUAGAGUUGACGCCGCUAAGCACAUGUGGCCUGCAGACCUGGGAGCCAUCUACGCAAAGCUUCACAAUCUGAAUACGGAUUUUGGAUUCCAGCCCAAUACAAAACCGUACAUUUACCAAGAAGUUAUUUACUAUGGAAACGAACCGAUCACUCCUAAAGAGUACACUAUCUAUGGAGAUGUUACUGAGUUUAAGGUUGGUGCAGAACUCAAGAACGUCUUUCGUGGCGAUAAUGCAAUGAAGUGGCUAGUGUCCUGGGGUGAAGCCUGGGCUCUGUCUCCAAGUGAGACUGCCCUGGUCUUCAUUGACAACCAUGAUACGCAAAGAAGCAACGAUGUGCUCACUUACAAGGAGUCUAGAGCUUAUAAGGCAGCUAUAGCCUUUAUGCUAGCUCAUCCAUAUGGCGAACCGCGUAUUAUGAGCAGUUACUUCUUCGAAAAUAAUGAGCAAGGACCACCUAGUGAUAACGAGGAGAAUAUUGCAUCUCCUAGCAUUAAUAAGGAUGACACAUGCGGCAACGGUUGGGUAUGCGAACACCGAUGGCGUCAGAUAUACCAAAUGGUGGCGUUCAGGAACGCAGUAAGAGGCACGUCCAUCCAGAAUUGGUGGGACAACGGCAACAAUCAGAUCGCGUUCAGUAGAGGCAAGAAAGGAUUUAUUGUGUUUAAUGCUGAGGGCCGGGACUUGGAUCAGAAUUUGCAGACUGGACUUCCACCUGGAGAAUACUGCGACGUGAUCACUGGCAAGAAAGAGAAGAACUCUUGUACCGGUAUCAAAGUGAUAGUCAAUAAUGACGGCAGGGCCGAUAUUCAUAUGUCAAGCCGCGCCGAAGAUGUGCACCUAGCCAUUCAUGUGGGGAAAGAGUCUUCUUUACAAACUCGAUGAAUGGCGAAGAAAGAAGAAAGUUUGACGGCGUAAUGAAAUAAUUAAGUUUUAGACAGUAAAAACUAAGU